UGCUUUGUCAAAGUGCUUCUUUGAAAUAUGCGUUUUGCUUUACCACUACACCUCCUCGGACCCUCGCUACUAUCGCGGGGUGUUCGAUUAGCUUUGAAGCCAUCGGCGCCGACUUUCACCGAUGGAGGUGGUUCCCCCAGGCCCAAGCUCUCCAGCAUUCCAUCUUUUCUACCCCAUGCACAAACAACAAUCCCACAGUAAGUGUGUCCCGCUGCGAACAAGUUGAUACUUGUCAGCAUGGCGUCCGUGGCAAUUGUUAGGCCACGAGUUUUUAUGGAUAUACAAAUCGGCACCGAACCUGCAGGACGACUAGUCAUCGAGCUCUUUGUCGACAAAGCUCCCAAGACAUGUGAGAACUUCCGUGCGUUAUGCACCAGCUCGAACCCGCCACUGUCGUAUCGGCUCUCACCGUUUCACCGAAUCAUCGAUGAAUUUAUGAUCCAGGGCGGGGAUAUAACAAAGGGAGAUGGCACCGGUGGUCAAUCAAUAUAUAGCGGUGAAUUCGAGGAUGAGAAUAUUGGAUGGCGCGAGAUUGACCGCGAGGGUCUCAUAUGCAUGGCCAACCGCGGCAAAAAUACAAAUACCAGUCAAUUCUUCAUAACACUAGUACCGUGCCCUCACCUGAAUACGAAGCAUACUGUCUUCGGGCAACUUGUGGCCGGCCAGCAAACUCUUGAGCGCAUGGCCAAAGUUUCUGUCGACAAGAACGACAGACCAUAUGAGGAUGUUUUGGUAGCAAGUUGUGGAGAAUUGGAACGACGCACGAAGGGCAAUAUUGCCUCUGCACCGGCCCCCAGCCGAGCAUCUGCUCAAGAAGACCAAAUGGACACAGGCACAGAAAAGGAAGAGCUCCGUCGUGGGCGAAAGCGGCGCAGACGGACACCAUCGCGGUCGCCUUCACGCAGCUCUCCGGGGUCUGGGUCUCAAACACCGCCUCGCCGUGAUAGACAUCGUCAUCACCACUCCGAGAGCCACCACAAUGGCCAUAGACAAACCCACGAACAAGAACGCGGGAAUCAAAAUUCGGGGUCCAAUUCCCGUUCUUCAUCUCCUUCUCGUACUAUAUCUAAACAGGACGAGGACAAGACACACGAAUCACGCCGCCGAAGCGACGACGCCCUGGAUUCAACAUUGCGCGGUCGACCUCGUCAACGCUCCUCAUCCGCACUCAUUCAGGCCGAAACGACAGAUGUAUCAUCCACAUUCGUUCCGUCAGGCCGAGAAACAUCAGUCCCUGAUCAGGGUAGCAGCCGCAGUCCUUCAAAACUCUCUCCCAUUCAUGCCCGCAGUUUAAAACUAGCACAAGAAGGGCAAAAAGGAGCAGGAGACCGGACUUAUAAUCGCAGCUCAAAACGCGACCACCACCAUCGAUCCUCCCGCGCUAAAGAAAAGCUUUUACAUAAACACGACAGCGAUCGCGACCGCGAGCGCAGGCACGAACGUUACCGCGUUCGCAGUGCUCGUCGCCGCAGCUCUUCACCUUCGCGCUCACGCUCUCCACGCUCUUCGUCUCGCUCGCCUCAUCUCCGACGCCGCGGCUCUCGGUCCCGCGGUCGCCACGGCCGUCGACGACGACAUUUUGACGAACACGAAUUCGAGCGAGAACGGCUAGACGAAGAACUCCUCCACCAUGAAGAAAGUCUGCGUGAGCGUGGUGAAGCUGCCGAGGGCCGCUACGAGGGCGUUAUCGAGCGCGAAUAUGAUGAUCAUGGUGGGAAUGAAGAUGAGCAGAUGCCGGACGCUGAGAGCACUGGACGGCCCGAUGAAAGGCACAACUACAAUGACGCACGAGACUAUCCUCGAGGACCUCGAGACCCUCAAGGAGGCCGUAGCCGAUAUCAUGAUCGAUGGUUCGGUAAUAAUACUACCGGCCGCUCAGGUGGCAGUGGUAAUUAUGCCAGGGCAAGUGAUGGCGGCAGGUUAUCUGGCCCAGCGAUGACUCCUGCAGGAUCAACAUCUGGGGAAAUCAAAUUCAAGGGAAGAGGAAGUAUGAAGUAUCGCGAGCGAAGGUGGUAAAAGUGGUUGUUAUCAUGAUUAUAGUGCGGGUUUCUGCUCAAAAAGUUCGCUUUCUCUCCUUUACUACGGGUCUCAGGAAACACCCAUUUUCACUUGCACUUUCACCCAAAACCCUUGCUCACACGGCGUACUCUUCUGAAAACUAUUGCUUGAUGAUUCCAUAUUGGCGGAUAUGAUAAAGAGUUGAUUGGUUCGAUCUUGCUACAUUUCACAAGACAAAUUGGGCGGCUUGUGUACUUCGAUUUUCAUAAGUUUCACAAGGAUGGAUAAUUAAGGGA